AUGAUCCAUCUGCCACCGCCGUGCCCAUACUUGACCCAUGCUCUACUCUCACCUUAUGAUGUGCAAUCUUUUACUUCAGUUCUAUUCCCAGCAGAAACCUUUGAUCAUUUCUCAAAUAAGAUUCUGGGACUUAGCUCGCCGACGUCAGUCAAUCUUUCUGUCCAAGUCAGAUGUCGCGGCAGCACCCACAACUGCUUGCUCCUCCCGCCUUCCGCCAUGUCGCGUGCUUUUUCGACCACUGUGCCUCUGAUUUCCGCACAAGACCACACCAUGGAAUCCGAAGGUGUCAAGUUGUGCGUCCGAUCCUAA